CUCCCAGAACCCACACACCGUCUGGCCUUCAAGUUUUCACCCAUACUUUGGUCUUGUUUCUUCCUGACUAUCAACCAUGUUUCUGCCCUUCAGACCAUAUGUCUCAAUCCUCUACUCUCCCCAUUAUCUGCUGCACCGAAGCAGUCACCUCUUUUAGUGGAUGACGAAUCGGAUUCCUUUGACAUUCCCAAUCUGCCGUGGACCCACCAACCUCUCUGCUCCACGUCCUUCUCCGACAUUCCAGGCGAGAAGUUUUGUGUCUUUUCGUCCGCGUCGUACAAUCUAGGGGCUGGAGUUUCCUUUCUGACAACUCCAGAAACUGCUGCUGGCCUGGUGGUGGCCAUCGACAGAGCUGCGAACCAUUGGCUAGAGAGAAGACAUUUCAAACCCCAGGAGGAGUUUCAGCAUCCCGAUCUGCCAUACGCCAUCAUCUCUAUUCCCGGAAAGGGAAAAGGAGUCAUCGCAACCAGAAAGAUCAGCCGGUUUGAAACCAUCAUGCGCGCCUUUCCUGCCGUGAUUGCGGAUAACGCUUUUUUCCCCCGGGAAGAGGAGGACGAAGCAGGUGUCAAAUUCAAGGUGACAGAGGGAGGCACGCGCAAGGCCACACCAGCAGGAGAAUCUGUGGGAGCAAGAGGUUUUGUAAAAGGUAGAAAGUAUUACCAGCGAGCGUUGGAGCAACUGGGGGACAGACAACGGGUUUUGAACCUGGCGAGGAGCAGAAAAGGUGAAAUGCAUGUGCUGGAAGAUGUGAUCCGCACCAAUGCCUUUGGCAUGACAGUCAACGGUCGUGAUUGCAAAGGGCUGUAUCCCGAGAUUGCGGUUAGGAUGAACCACGCUUGUGAUCCCAAAGUGGCUGAUUGCUCUAGUGCCUUUCCACGCUUCACCUCCAACGAUUUGGUCAUGUCGGCGGUCGCAACGAGAGAUAUCAUGCCGGGAGAAGAGAUCACCAUUAGCUAUAUCCCGCUGGGCAUGCCCACGUCAUACCGUGCCAAAUCGCUGGGCAACUGGCAUUUCAACUGCACCUGUGCACUUUGCACGGCCCCGGCCGAGGCCAGAGACGCGUCCGACUCUCGUCGCGAGCGGCUGAUGGAGCUGUUUUAUGCCAUGCAGGACUCGGAGACCCAAUAUGACGCUUUGGUAGAUUGGACCCGAGAGUUCAUCGAGCUGGCACAAGUGGAAAGGCUUAUUACCAAGAUUGGGGAAUACUACCAGGUUUUCAUGAAGUUAUACUAUGAUAAAGGGGACCCGGAGAGCGCGAAAAAGUACGGAGAGGCUGCAUUGUACUUUGCCGAGAUCUUUUCAGACCCCGAGGGUGGAUUCUGUACCAGUCUGAGAGAAGACUUGCAAGUUGUCGAGAAGGUUCUUGCAGAGAGCAAGGCAAAGUUGGGGUAA